AUGUGCUCCUCAGAGUCCCCAGCAGAGGCCAGUCCCCUGGUGCUCCUCAGAAGUCCCAGCAGGAGGCCAGUCCCUGUGCUCCUCAUAGUCCCAUCAGGAGGCCAGGUCCCUGGUGCGUCCACGGUCCCCGAGCAGAGGCCAUCCCCUGUGCACCUCAAUCCCAGCAGGAGACCAGUCCCCAGUGCUCCUCAGUCCCAGCAGGAGACCAGAAUCCCUGUGCUCUCAGUCCCAGCAGGAGCCAGUCCUGUGCCCUCACGUCCCCAGCAGGAGGCCAGUCCCUGUGGCUCCUCAGUCCCCCACAGGAAGCCCAUCCCUGGUGCUCCUCAAGAGUCCCAGCAGAGGCCAUCCCUGUGCUCCUCAAGUCUUAGCAGAGGCCUGUCCCUGUGCUCCUCAAGUCCCAGCAGAUGA